AUGGGCCUGGGGGACGUCUACGAGGAGGGCCGCGCCUGGGUGGCGGACCACCUGCGCUUCGACUCCGCCAAGGGCGUUGUGUCCUUCUUCGAGGCCACCAUCCGCCUGCUUGGGGGCCUGCUGUCGGUGUACUAUCUGACCGGGGACCGCCUGUUCCUGGAGAGGGGUGUGGACCUGGGGGACAGGCUGCUGGGCGCGUACAAGGGCAGCCCCACGGGCCUGCCCCUGGCCACGCUCAACCUCAGCAGCCUGGAGGCCUGGAACCCCUCCUGGGGCCGCAACCUGACCUCCUUGUCCGAGGCCACCACCGUGCAGCUGGAGAUGGCGGCGCUGAGCAGGCUGACGGGCGACGCCACGUACGCGGCCACGGCCGAGCGGACGAUGGACGUCAUCUUCGGCACGCCCAGCCUGAUGGGCCAGCGGCCGUUCUUCCUGGACACCUACACGCUGGAGCCCAGCGGGGGCUACGGCUACGGGGCGCGCGGCGACUCGUACUACGAGUACCUGCUGAAGCGCUGCAUCCAGGCGCAGGCGCUGGGGGAACCGGAGGAGGUGGUGGCCAAAUACAGGGACAACUGGUUGCUGUCGGUGCGGGGCCUGAGCGCCCUGCUGGUGGAGGAGUCCCAGCCCAGCGGGCUCAAGUUCCUAGCGGAGCUGGCCAGGGUGAACAACAGCCAGAUCCCUAAGAUGGACCACCUGGCGUGCUUCACGCCGGGGAUGUUGGCCCUGGGGGCCAGGAAGGUGGGCGGGGAGAAGGCGGGGGAGUACUUGGAGCUGGCGGGUGACCUGGUGCGCACCUGUGUGCAGUUCUACAGCAGGCAGUGCACGGGGCUGAGCCCGGAGCUGGUGCACUUCCUGGAGGCUCCAGCUGAUGGCAGCUUCGAGGAUUUCACAACAGACUCAUGGCACCAUCUUCUACGGCCCGAGACUGUGGAGAGCCUAUACAUCUUGCACGAGAUAACUGGGGAUAGCCGCUACCAACAGUGGGGCUGGGACCUGUUCUGUGCAUGGGAACAGCACAGCAAGAUUCCCUCGGGCGGGUACAGUGGGCUGAGGGAUGUGCGGAAACCAGGCAGCUACAACAACGUCCAGGAAAGCUACUUUUUGGCAGAAACGUUGAAAUACCUGUACCUGCUCUUCGAUGAAUCGGGUACUGUGUCUUUGGAUCGAUGGCUGUUCAACACAGAAGCCCAUUUACUAAGCAUUGAUCCUGACUGGUGUGAGGAAUGGGCCAGGGAAAAUUUCGAGGGAUUCAUGGCAGGCAUUCCCGUGCGAUUCGAGUCGCCACUGAGCUUUUGCCGUCUGUACAUUGGGCCGGCCGAGCACAUCCUGAAGCCCUCCAAUACUUUUGAGGCAUCGUUCCUCCUGCCAUCUGGAAGGAUCGAUAUCGUCGUGCCCUUGGCAUAG